AUGGCAUGGGACUCCAUUGAAGCCCCCUUGGACAGCUGCUGGAAGCCCCCUUGGAUGCACGCCAACUACUCGAUGAAAAUCCCAGGAGAGGAGGCGAAGCUUGCUGCGCAGCUGCGCUGCGCCUUGUGCGCGCGCGCUGAGCCCCCAAACCCUUCAUUUCCAAUUUCACACUUCCUCUCCCCACCCUCUCAAACCCUAACCUUUCCCCCAACCUCCCAACCUCCAACAACCUCCAUCAUCAACUCCUCGCUAGGCCACCAAUCACCGCCAUUCGCCGCCGUCCUCCUCCCUCUGCCCUUCAACUACAAAUUUAUGGAACAAUUCUUUAAAAGAAAAUUGUCUACAGAUAGUCCUUCUCCGUCUAAUCCGGGUAGUUCAAAUGCAAGACCAAUUGAAGUAGAUGACAUCUUAGCUAAUCUUCAGGCAGACCCUGGACUAAGAACUCGAAUGGCGGAUUAUAGUCCUAAUUUUCGGGAUGAGAUCCAAAGAGCAUAUCUACAAAAGGGACCUUGUCAACCUAGAAGUUAUAAAUUUCCACAAACUAAUCAAUCAGGAAUUAAUAGACGCUUCAUUGCUAAUUGGUUUGAUGAUCAUGAUUGGUUGGAAUAUAGUAUUGCUAAAGAUGCUGCAUUUUGUCUUCAUUGUUAUCUCUUCAAAUCAAAUUUUGAUCAAGUGGGUGGUGAUGCAUUCACUGGGGUAGGCUUCAAUAAUUGGAAGAAGGCAAAAGAAAGAUUUAACCUUCAUGUUGGACCGGUUGGUAGUGUUCACAACCAAGCUAGAGAAGUUGCUUACAAUUUGAUGCAUCAAACUACACACAUUGAAACAAUUGUCAUCAAGCAAACAAGCCAAGCUCGCACGGCUUAUCGCACUUGCUUGAAUGCAUCACUUAAGUGCACUAGGUAUUUGUUGCGACAAGGUCUUUCUUUUUGUGGUCAUGAUGAAAGUGCACAAUCAAGUAAUAGAGGGAAUUAUUUAGAGCUCUUGCAAUUUCUUGCGGAUCAUGAUGAAAAAGUUAAGGCCGUUGUGUUGGAAAAUGCUCCAGGAAAUUUGAAGUUAAUAGCUCCUUCAAUUCAAAAAGAUCUUGUCAAUUCUUGUGCUAAAGAAACCAUUGGUCUUAUCUUGAGUGAUGUAAAAUAUAGAUAUUUUUCAAUAAUGGUGGAUGAAGCAUGGGAUGUUUCAAUAAAGGAGCAAAUGGCGAUGGUGCUUCGUUAUGUGAAUGACAAAAGACAAAUAAUUGAAAGGUUUGUGGGGGUUCAACAUGUGACCGACACUACUUCAAGUGCACUAAAGGAAGCCAUUGAUGAAUUCUUUUCUUCCGCGAAUUUGAGCUUUCCCAAGUUACGAGGACAAGGUUAUGAUGGAGCUAGUAAUAUGAGAGGUGAGUUCAAUGGUCUUAAGACAAAGAUUUUGAGAGAACAACCUUGUGCAUUUUAUGUUCAUUGUUUUGCUCAUCAACUUCAACUAGCUCUUGUUGCGGUAGCAAAGAAAAACAUUGAUGUCAACUCUUUUUUCACAACGGCUAAUAGUUUGGUUAAUGUUGUUGGAGCAUCUUGUAAGCGUCGGGAUGCACUUAGAGAACAAUACCAAGAAGAGCUUGUGAGAGCUUUUGAAGAAGAUUGUCUGAUAACGGGGCGGGUCUUAAAUCAAGAAACUACUCUCAAACGUGCCGGCGAUACACGAUGGAACUCACAUUAUGGUACGUUGAUUAGUAUCAUUUCUAUGUUCCCAUCUGUGGUGAAUGUGCUUCAAAUGAUUGUUGAUGAUAAUCCUAAUGAUAGUUCGGGUGAAGCCUAUAAGUUAUGGAGAGAAAUACAAUCUUUUGAGUUUGUGUUUCACUUAUUUUUAAUGAAAGCUAUAUUGGGAAUAACAAACACUUUGUCUCUAGCAUUGCAAAAGAAAGAUCAAGACAUUGUGAGUGCAAUGAGUUUAGUGACAACAUGCAAGGAAAACCUGCAGUUCAUGAGGGAUAAUGAGUUUGAAGAAUUGGUUGAGCAAGUAUCUUUGUUUUGUUACAAACAUGAUAUUAUAGUUCCUACCAUGGAUGAGGAAUAUGUAAUUCCAGGGAGGUCACGGCGUAAUGCUCCAAUGAAGACAAAUUAUCAUCGUUAUCGUGUAGAGAUCUUUAUUCAUGUAAUUGAUUGA